CAAACCGAACCUAACCCUUAAUUUGAAUUCUGUUUUAAUUUAAAACGUCAAUCAAUAUUGAUGUUGCCAAAAAGAUUAGUCAUCUUAAAUUUCUUUUAAGAUUUUAAAUUUAUAGAAAGACUGUCAUAAUGAGUAAUUUUACAUUGAAAACAACCAAAAAUCCAUCGCAACAAGAAGAAGCUGAAGAAGUAAAUUACAGAAUAUGCAUUAUGUCUGUAUACUUGAUAAUAUUAAUUAUAAUAGGGAUACCAUUAUGGUGGAAUGCAACAAGAAUAUAUAGAGCAACACUACCUUUAUCAAAAAUGCGAGAUAUAGAUGUAAAUAGUAACACAAAUAAAACAUUUGGAAUGCCGCUAAGCUCAGAAUACGAUUUGCUAAUAUCUUUUAUUAAUCCAGAUCCUUCUAAUUGUAAGAUUAUGAUAAGGGGAGAAGAAAUUGAAGAAAAUUUGCGUCCCUAUUUAGACGAAAUCUCGUAUAUUUUUGAUUUUUUUAUUAAAUCCCAAUGGUUAUAUAUUUUAAACCUAGAAAUAUCUCCAACAAAAUAUAACAAUUAUUAUGGUUUGAAUAAAAGCCAUUUACCACAUAUCAUUACAUUAUUAGAUACUAAAUUAUUGUCUCAUUUUUCUCCUAGACCUACAAUAAAUUUAUUAUUGUAUUUUCAACCCUGUAAUGAUCGACCUUUAUAUAUUUUUGAUGAAGAAAAUCGAAGAGUACCAAGUAACGCUUUUUUUAGCCCCACAUGGGGUGGUGUCUAUAUCAUCAAUCCAAAUGAGCAAGGUAUUUUGCAGAAAAUUGUAUCUACUUUUAUUACCCAGCUGCAGAAAUUGUUCAAUAUUAAAAAUAUUUUGAAUGUUAAUGAACUGAAAUUGAAAAUAACUUCUGAGAUGAUAAAUUCAUCGCGACGAACAUUACGGUCAUUGGCUGAAUUGUUGUCUGAAAUUGAAAACAUUGUUAUUAGUGAUAAUGUUGCAGAAAAAAUUAUCAUUGCUAUGGAAAGUGUAGAUUUAGCCGAAAAAUUAUUGAAGACAGGAGAUGUAAAUAAAAGUUUAGAGUUAGCUAAAGCUGCCUUUAAAAAUUCUGAGGAUGCUUUUAGUGAUCCUUCGAUGUUACCAUCAUUAUACUUUCCAGAAGAAGAUAAGAAAUCUGUUUAUAUUCCAUUGUUUUUUCCGAUAAUGAUUUCAAUCUUCUCAUCUUUGCCGAUCUUAUUAACAUUAAUAGCGAAAAGGCAAGAAAUGCAAUAAAUA